AUGGGCAAUUCCUGCUUUGGCUUCAAGGAACGUGUGCUGCAGCGCCUGCAGCUUCUGCCUGCCCUGCUGAUAAUUCGCAUCUUUCUGCCACACCGAAAGGUCAAAGAUUUCCGUGUGGUGGUAGUCGGCUCCGCUGGAGUGGGCAAGAGCACCUUGGUACAGAGGUGGGUGCGCGGCACCUUUCGCGAUUCAUAUUUGCCGACGAUUGAAGAUACCUAUCGCCAGCUAGUGGGCGGCCAGCGCCGCAUGGGCGUGCUGCAAAUCACCGAUGCCACCGGCGGCCAGCGCUAUCCUGGUCUGAAGCGCAUGGCCAUUGCCAGGGGCCAUGCCUUUAUCUUGGUCUACUCAGUCACCAGGAAGGAAACCCUCGAGGAGUUGAAGCCCUUCUAUGAGCUGAUCCGCGAGAUCAAAGGAAGCAACCUGCAUAAGUUCCCUAUUGUGCUGGUGGGCAACAGAAAUGAUGAAAGCCCCAGAGAGCUGGCCCUGGCGGAUGGUGCUGCCUGCGCGCAGGAGUGGAAUUGCGCCUUCAUGGAGACCUCGGCCAAGGAAGACAUCAACGUCCAAGAGCUGUUCCGCAUGCUUCUGUACCACAACAACAAGCCCACUACCUGCCUGGAGAAGAAAUCCCGAAUGACCCGGGCCAUCGAGAAGAUGCUUGACAAGUACAUGGUCAUGUGA